AUUGAACUUAGGAGACUGCCAUCUUGAAUCGGCUUAGGAGACUCGUUAUCUCGAAUCGGCUUAUCAAUUCAGUUUGGAUAUGGCGAGCGAGUGCAUACCGAGUUUUGGGUACGGGUUGGAGUGUGGGAAUCGAUUGACUCAGAGAGGGGUUUCGUUGCGGCUGAAGAUUGUGAGGGAUAGGAGAAAAGGCUGGGGUUUGUUUGCGACCAGUUCAUUGGGAAAGGCCAAUUUGUGUGCGAGUAUGCAGUCGUGGGAAGCGCUAGAUGGCGAAAUCACCAGAGCAAGAGCACCCGAAGAAGGCCUUCGGAUGGGCAGCCAGGGACACUUCAGGGGUCCUCUCGCCCUUCAAAUUCUCCAGAAGAGCAACGGGAGACGAGGACGUAACAUUCAGAGUUCUUUAUUGUGGGAUAUGCCACUCGGACCUUCACAUGAUCAAGAACCAUUGGGGGAUGUCCACCUACCCACUUGUCCCUGGGCACGAAUUCGUUGGGGAAGUAACAGAAGUGGGGAGCAAGGUGAAGAAAGUUAAAGUAGGAGACAAAGUGGGCGUGGGAGGCGUGAUCGGUUCAUGCCAUUCUUGCGACAAUUGUAAGAAUGACCUUGAAGUUUAUUGUCCUGAAAUGAUUCUUACCUACAGUUCCUCUUACUCUGAUGGAACAAUCACAUAUGGAGGCUACUCAGACACAAUGGUAGCUAACGAGCGCUACAUUAUUCACUUCCCGGAAAACAUGCCACUUGGCGCCGGCGCUCCACUUCUUUGUGCUGGAAUCACAGUUUAUAGUCCCUUGAAAUAUUUUGGUUUUGCCGAGCCGGGCAAGCAUAUUGGAAUUGUUGGUCUAGGUGGGCUUGGUCAUCUGGCUGUUAAAUUUGCAAAGGCUUUUGGGGCAAAAGUUACGGUUAUUAGCACCUCCAUUAGCAAGAAGGAUGAAGCUUUGGAACAUCUUGGUGCUGACUCAUUUUUGCUUAGCACUGACCAAGAACAAGUCCAGGCUGCCAAGAAUACAAUGGAUGGUAUCCUCGAUACUGUAUCUGCCGUGCACCCCAUUUUGCCAUUACUUGAUCUAUUGAAGUCCCAUGGAAAGCUUGUUUUGCUGGGUGGACCAGAAAAGCCGCUUGAACUACCCGUCUUUCCUUUGCUUAUGGGAAGGAAGAUGGUUGCGGGAAGUGCCGCUGGAGGAAUGAAGGAGAUACAAGAAAUGGUAGACUUUGCAGCGAAACAUAACAUUACGGCGGAAACAGAGAUUAUUCCAAUGGAGUACGUGAACACGGCAAUGGAGCGCCUUGCUAAGGGUGAUGUUAGAUACCAAUUUGUCAUUGAUAUCGGAAACACCUUGGCCUCUACCAAACCCUAAAGUUCUUAGUUUUCUUGUAUUUUUUCCAAUAAUUUUGUUUACCAAACUGCUUAUAUAUUCUCGUAUCUCUAUCGGAACCUUGUUCUUUUUAUCAGAUGAUAGUCAGUAAUAAAUUAAUGGUUGUAGUCAUCAUUUCAAACAACUCUUACAAUUCUAUUGUUAAAGUCGUUACAAUUAAAUGAAGAUGAAACGAGUGGAUGUGGAAUUGCCACACUUUUUCUU